ACUAUUUACAAUAUCACAAUAUAUUUAAAAAAAAACACACUAUUUACAAUAUAAUUCAGGGGCCUAUCAUUCGGGAUCUGCAAAAUGUAAAGAAAAAAGUAUCAGUUUUCCGAGCACAUGGACAUAAAGCCUGCAUGUAUUUUUAUAACCACGACAGUCAUUUGAAAGAUGAAGGUGUACCUCCGUUCCCGUUCUCGUCAUCAAUCAUUGUCGAACACAAUGGCUGUGAGUGUGACGAAUCCGUAUCUGAUGGGAGGAAAGAUCGUUUCCAUUAUUUUUUACAUUUGGCUAAUAGGUGACAUGACAAAUCAAAUCUAUAUUUGAAGACAAUCUCUGAUGGGAGGAAUCAGUAUCCGAUGAAAAAUCAAAUCCAUAUUAACACCAUGCAUAGUCAUACCUUGGGAGGCGGUUCUGAGGUUCUGGUUGUCGUGUUCUAGAAAUGAAAGCAAAUGUUAAUAUUAAUUAGUAAUUUGGAUGGGUAUGCAUUUGUUUGCUUGUGUACGCUAGGUUAAUUUGUAGAGUAUAGUCUAAUAGGUAAAAACAUAAGACUUGAAAUCUCUAACCAAAUUAAAACACAUGUUGUUGGGUAAUUUGCAUUACCUUGGGAGGCGUUGAUAAGUUGAAGAUCUUCCAAGUCUAGAUAUGAAGGAAAGAAAUGUUAAUAUUCCAUUUGUAAUCGUCCUUUGGAUUGGUAUGCACGCUUUUUUUUUUACCGUUUUUUGUGGCGUCCAGAUUUGUCUCCGAGGUAGACAAGCUGGCCUCGGAUGCCGCCAGGUCCAGUUCUAAAUUGUGGAUAAUUUUGCCACGUCUAUCAACCUCCCUCCGAAGGAAUUCCAGUUGUUUUUUGUGUGCCUUCUCCCGCUCGGUGUAGUGGAUGGUCUUUGCGCACACCAGCGUACCGAAUCGGAACGCAUGGUCGACCUUCUGUUCCCUGGUGUAUAUUUUAUCUACACAGAUAUGCUAUUACAAAAAAAAAAACUAUGUUAGUAUUGAAUGGAAUUUUCUUCAUUUAGGUUUGCAAAGACGCAAAUGUUGAUAACUUACAUAGUUAUUCCUUGAUUCAGCCUUCAUGGCAAUUGUCUCGGGGUGGUUUGUUGAUGGAAAGUCUGCUGGGGACUUUCCGGCCAUUUCUUUUCUGUAGAAAAGAAACAUUACAAUUAGAUGUUAACGCUGGUAUACAUACAGCGUUACGCUGUAUGUAUAAUAUAUAAUGCGCGAAGAUAAAUACAAAUCUUUUCUGUACACAUCUACAUCAUCUGUAGAGGUGUGGGCGUGGCAUACUCCCAUGGUGCUUCGCGAGUUGAAUGACUAUCGUCAGCGACGCACGGCUCGUCUCACUCUGAUCGGAUUUUCUCUGCUUGAGACAUCUUUAUUCAGAUAGACCCUUUUGCUCUCCUUUCCACGGAUUAAUAUUGUGAGCGGAUUCUUUCGAGUACGUUCUGUCUUUCAACUUUGCGGUUCAACCAAAGAAGUUCGUUGUCACGAUGCCUCGUGCUUCGCGCGCUUCGGCUGCAGCCAAGGGGAAGUGGACGAGGAUUCUUCCCAUGGCGACGACUCUGGCCAGAGGCUUCGAGCCUGUGCGUGGCACUGGAGCACGUCACCGUGUCGAGCCGUGGCCUGUCUCUGCCCACACUGGGAAGUUCAACCGAUUGGAUCUCCCCCCUGAGUCUCCAGAUAAGCAGUUUGUGCUGUUUGUGGGCGACUCGCAUCUGCGUGCGUUGGUUGACCGUUACGUGAGGAUGCCAGACGGUUGCCUUUCGUUUGGGUUCCUGUCUACGCCUGGGGCGUCUGCCGCUGAGCUCCGCACCGAGUUGCUGAACGCAGACAUCCCCAGAACCCCCGACAUCGUUUGCUUGCUGGCUCCGAGCAACAACCUCAAGGCGACGCCUGGCAUCGAAGCGGCUGGAGUUGCCUUCGAAGGACUUCUGAGAGCUGCCCGCAGUCGAUGGCCUAAGGUGUUUGUGCUCGAUUUCCCUCCCCGGCUGGCGAGUGAAUUGGCACCGCAACAAUUCCUUCGAGAGGAGUUUCGUCGCGUUGCAGCAAAGAACGAUGUAAAGUACUGCGUCACAGCUGACCGCUUUCCGCUGGACUCGCGUGCCUUGUGGAGUCGUGAUGGGAUCCACCUGAGUGACGAUCUGGGGAUGCCGCUUCUCGCGAAGCUUCUGUGGCACUUCUCCUUUCUGCAGCUACAGUCACCUCUGCCUGCUACACCUCCGCCUGUGUCUCCUCCCAAGUCACCCCUGACUGUGAGACCCUUUGCUACCACCGUGGUUGUGAAGGGAGAGGUUUCCCGUCCACGUCCCCUUGACCCCUUCAAGGAAACUGUCGUCGGACGUCGCGGAAAGCGCAGCCAACCUGAGUCCUGGGAUGCGCCUGAGGACUGGGAUCAGUCUUCCGUGCGGAUCCUUCCUCAUGAGGUUUGUACAUUGGUUUGUGUGCCUCCUCUGGUCCUGAGGGAGUGCUUUGUCGUGCUAAACCCUAUCCGGUUUAGCACUGACAAGUUGGCUGCAAUGGAUCGCAUUGUUCCAUCCAACCUUGAUGUCCCCAUGGGGAAUCGCUCAAGGAAACGGAAGGUGGCACAUGGAACCACGGCUGUGGUCUCCAAAGGAAAGAAGGCCCGCCUUGAGGCACUUCCAACUCCAGCAAGGAUUGCCAAACCUUCGAAGCUGGUACCUCCCCCUCGACCUGUUCCAGAAGCUGCUGUGCCAGCCACUCUGGAGGGCAGCGUCUUUGUGCCUUCGAGCAAGUUUGCUCAACCGGAGGGGGAUGACCAGACUCUGUGUGUUGAUGAGUGGCCGUUUCUUCAAACAGAGUUUUGUGAGAAGGUGAACCAGCCAACUCCUCGGGUUGUCUCUGGACAGAGAAAACAAGAGGAGCUAACACCUUGGGUGCCAAAAGUUGUGAUGGCCCAGGCUGAUAAACCAACAGCCAAUGAGACCAGCUUCUUGGGAUGUUCAACCAAGAUGACACACAUUGAGGACCAUGAGCCGUUUGAACCAGCACCUGAGGUCACUGCGAGCAGUCAGCAGGUAUGUAAUUACUAGUGGAAAAAU